AUGGGACUCGGUGUUCUAGAAGACAAGAAGCUGGACCAUGUCCCUGGGACAGUCUUACUCAACGACGAAGCCGCGCAUUCCGAGGCCAUCACUGAGGGUCUCAAGCACGGCAAGGGCAGAGACGCUCAUAUUGUCCUGUCGCCACAGCCUAGCGAAGACCCGAAUGACCCUUUGAAUUGGCCGCUAUGGAAGAAAGAAGUCAUCACCGCUAUUCUGUGUCUCGGCGCUAUGCUCAAUGCAGGCACUAACGGUCCAUUCCUCAAUGCUUCAUACUUCUCCAUUGCUCAGCAACUGGAUAUGUCGUUGACCAAGGUCGUGCUUGUUUCUGGCUAUAACCUUCUUGCUGCUGGAUGCUCGGGUCCAUUCGUUUGUGCUUUCAGUCGCAAGUACGGCAAACGGCCAGUGUUCCUUGUUUCCACACUCUUCGACAUUAUCGGCACCGCAAUUGGCCAGGCCAAAAUCGACUACAAGUAUCUCUUAGCCGCCCGUAUCAUCCAGGGAUUUUCAACAUCAGCGUUUGAAUCCCUCAUCGUCUCAACCGUCGGCGACAUGUACUUUGUGCACCAAAGAGGUCUUCGCAUCUCCGUCAUCAACUUCAUUCUCAAUUCCGCAUCAAGUCUGGCGUCCAUCAUCUGUGGUCAAGUCUUCCAAAGUCUUGGCUGGCUCUGGUUGUUCCACAUGUUCCAGAUCUUCUGUUGCCUUCAAUUUGCCCUCAUGUUCUUAUUCUGUCCGGAAACAACUUAUUUGCGCGAUGCUCGCUACGAGACGGACUUAUCUAAGGAACAGGACGAGAAGGGUUUGACAGAGUUGGCAACUAUCGAGCACUCGCACAAAGAACACCUAGGUGAAACAACCCAGGCCGAGCAGUCCUCAUACGUCGUCCCCAAGAAGAAGACUUUCGUCCAGGAACUCGCGGUUUGGACUGGUGUCUAUUCUCCCGAUAGUAUCUUCAAAUAUCUCCUCGGGCCCUUCCUGACACUUCUCAACCCUGCCGCUUGCUAUGCAGUCAUUGCUUCAGGCCUCCUGAACAGCUGGUAUGUCGGGUCUGCAAUCAUCCUGGCCGGUAUCUUCGCGGGACCGCCGUGGACGUUCAAUGCUGCUCAGAUUGGAUAUGUCGGUGUCGGACCUUUUGUCGGCGGUCUCAUUGGCUCCCUCCUAACCGGAUUCUUCGGCGACUACGUGAUUAAGUAUCUUACUCGCAGGAACAAGGGUGUAUACGAACCCGAGUUCCGCCUGGUUUUCAUGAUACCAGCAUGCGUUGCCUGCGGAGUAGGGAUGUUCCUCUUCGGAUACACCAUGUCUGUCGGCUCUCCUGCUGAGCUGUGCUCCUUCUUCCAGGGCGUCAUGAUGGUCGGUGUGUUGAUUGGAAUUUUCUCCACGUUGUCUUAUGGCUUGGACUCUUUCCGAAACCAGAGCAAUGAGAUCUUCAUCAUGAACAUGCUUUUCAAGAAUUUCAUGUUUUACGGUCUCUCGAAUUUUGCCAAUGACUGGGUCGCUGCUCAUGGCCCGACACAAAUCAUGUACGUCUUCGGUGGCACUUCGAUCUUCCUGUCUCUGCUCGGUAUUCCCGUGUACAUCUACGGCAAGAGGAUGAGAAGCUGGUGGGCCAGGCACGAUCUCUUCAAGAAAUUGAAAAUGGAGACUCACGGACCUGUCGGCGAGAUGGGUUGA